AUGGUAAAAAGAGGGCGAGUGUGAUUUUCAAAAUUCCAAUUUCAAAACGGUUAUAGUCAACAUGCCUUCUCUCCCCAACUGACAUUUUGGUUCCGGCGACGGAAGCUAGAGAUGAUCGGUCAAACUCACAAUCAACCGAAGGCGUCUUCGUCGGCAAAUGAUGAAGCUCGUAAUCAGUCGGAGAAAAAUGCCGCCGCAUACGGGCAGUGGUCGUUGAAGAACUUCGAAAUCGGGAGACCUCUGGGAAGAGGAAAAUUCGGCAGAGUCUAUGUCGCUCGAGAAGUCAAGAGCAAGUACAUUGUGGCGUUGAAGGUGCUUUUCAAGGAACAAAUUGACAAGUAUCGUAUCCAUCACCAGUUACGGAGAGAGAUGGAGAUUCAGUCCACCCUCAAACAUCCCAACGUUCUACGCCUCUAUGGCUGGUUCGAUGACGACGACCGAAUUUUCCUUAUACUCGAGUACGCUCAUGGCGGUGAGCUCUAUGGCGUGCUGAGGGAGCGCGGCCACUUGACGGAGAGAGAAUCUGCAACGGUGAUGAUCCAGCACAAUUCAAUUUCAGUUUUCUUUAUCUGGCUGUGUUUCUUGUACUCGGAGCUCGUUAGGGUUUCUAACUUUUCUGCCUCGGCCAUUGUUAUUGUAUUUCAGUAUAUUGCCAGUCUCGCGAACGCCUUGGCUUAUUGCCAUUCACAGGAUGUGAUUCACAGAGACAUUAAGCCGGAGAAUCUCUUGCUGGAUCAUGAGGGCCGUUUGAAGAUUGCGGAUUUUGGGUGGUCGGUUCAAUCGAGAAGCAAGAGGCACACCAUGUGUGGAACGUUGGAUUAUCUAGCUCCAGAGCUGGUCGAAAACAAGGCUCACGAUUAUACAGUUGAUAACUGGACGCUAGGUGUACUUUGCUAUGAGUUCCUCUACGGUGCUCCUCCCUUCGAAGCUGCGAUGCAGCAUGAUACGUUCAAAAGGAUCGUGAAGGUUGAUCUUAGCUUCCCGCCUAAUCCUCCAGUCUCGAAGGAAGCGAAAGACUUAAUUAGCAGACUUCUUGUGAAGGAUUCUGCUAAGCGUCUCUCUCUUAAGAAGCUUAUGGAUCAUCCAUGGAUAAUCAAGAAUGCAGACCCGAAAGGUGCAUGCAUCCAGUAGAUAUCUCUGCUCCUGGUAGAUUCCACAAUUUAGAGUUGGUAUUCGUGGUAUGAGCGAGGCUUUUAGGAUUUAGGGAUUUCUUUGUUUUGUUUUGGAGUAAAUUGCAAGAUUGGUCAUUGUGUUUACUAAAAACGAUCUAGUUUGGUCACUGCAAAUAUUUAAUUUCAUUUAUGGUCACUAAGAUUAAUUCAAUAGUUCAAAUUUGGUCACUC